AUGGCUGCAAGUCGUCUCCUUCGACAGCGACAAAAUCUGUUGUGUGUUCGGAAGGCCCGAGUCCUGGCUUCGCGGUUGUUGAGUCGAGCCGGGAUCGGCUUCGACAUCUGCAAUGUGACAAAACGGUUUAGGGGAAGAUGUUUGUUCUCUCUCUCUCUCUCUUACCCUCUCGAUCUAUGCAUCCCUUCUUUAGAGUACCUCUCAACUCUCGGACAGCCUCCAAGGCUGAGUGGAAGAAAGCGAAUGGUAUCACGCUCUGUGCCGGGCCCGCGAAUAUGUCUGACAAGGUCUAGCAACCAAUAUUGCCUUAUGUUUGGCAACUCGACUCCCUCCGGUCUGGCCGGCCUCUUCACUCUCCUGCUCUCUCACCCGCUCCUCGCAUUCCGGCUCCAAUUCCUCCUGCCUCUACUCCAUGCCGAACACAAUUCCCUGUUUGUCCUCGUCUUGAGGCCUCACUCUGUCGUAGGCCGACGCGAGUUUCCAGACAAUGCCAGCGCCGGUUCGGGCCUGCCGAUACUUCGAGUGCAACCGGAUCAUCGUCCUGUUGAAGAAGCGUUGCACUGGGCUGCUUUUGAGUGGCGGCCCGACUGGCCGGGAAAUCAUCCGUGCACAAGCUUGACGCCGAACUCGAACCACGGUCGAAGUCGUCGACGCCAGAGACGAUCUGUGUUGUGCGUCAUCGAUGAGACGAAGCCCAUUCUGAACGACCUCGGACGGCUCAUCCACGAACCUUCUAUACUUCGACGGGCAAAUCUGCUGCAACCAGGCCGAGGCCUGCAUUUGGGCCAGACAGAAGGCAGUUUGGCCAAUUUUACGAACCAUUCUAUGUCUCUUCUGCUCCACAGGUGA